UCCCCAAGUAUAUAAAAUCAAGAAACGUUCAAAAUCCCCACCAUCUCCAUCGAAUCAAAUCUGGAAAAGGAAAUGACGGAGCUCGCAGAGACCUACGCAUGCGUUCCCUCGACCGAACGAGGCAGAGGGAUCCUAAUUUCCGGUCAUCCAAAAACCAAUAAAAUCCUUUACACUAACAACCGAUCCAUUCUCAUUCUCAACCUUGACAACCCGCUUGACGUCUCCGUCUAUGGUGAGCACGCUUACCAAGCCACCGUCGCCCGAUACUCUCCCAAUGGCGAGUGGAUCGCCUCCGCUGAUGUAUCCGGGACUGUCAGGAUCUGGGGUGCUUACAAUGAUCAUGUCUUGAAAAAAGAAUUCAAAGUACUUACUGGUCGGAUCGAUGAUCUUCAGUGGUCACCUGAUGGGUUGAGGAUCGUUGCAUCUGGGGAUGGAAAAGGGAAGUCUCUUGUUCGCGCUUUUAUGUGGGAUUCAGGAACUAAUGUAGGGGAAUUUGAUGGGCAUUCACGGCGAGUUUUGAGCUGUGCGUUUAAGCCAACUAGGCCAUUUCGAAUUGUCACGUGUGGAGAGGAUUUCUUGGUUAAUUUCUAUGAAGGACCGCCAUUUAAAUUCAAGUCAUCUCACAGGGAUCAUUCAAAUUUUGUCAAUUGUAUACGGUUUUCUCCAGAUGGUAGCAAGUUUAUCAGUGUAAGUUCUGAUAAGAAAGGCAUACUGUUUGACGGAAAGACAGGAGAGAAGAUCGGAGAGUUGUCAUCUGAGGAUGGUCACAAGGGCAGUAUUUAUGCUGUUAGUUGGAGUCCUGAUGGUAAACAGGUGCUAACAGUAUCUGCCGACAAGUCUGCAAAAGUGUGGGAGAUCUGUGAUGAUGGUAGUGGAAAGUCGACAAAAACUUUGACUUCUUCUGACUCUGGUGGAGUGGAUGAUAUGCUAGUCAGUUGCCUUUGGCAGAAUGAUCAUCUUGUCACUGUUUCUCUUGGUGGCACAAUCAGCGUUUUCUCAGCUAGUGAUCUUGGUAAAAGUGCACUGCAAAUAUCUGGUCAUAUGAAGAAUGUUACCUCUUUAUCUGUGCUUAAAAAUGUCCCUAAGACAAUCCUGUCCAGCAGCUAUGAUGGUUUGAUAGUUAAAUGGAUUCAAGGCAUUGGAUACAGCGGCAAAUUGCGGAGGAAGGAGAAUUCUCAAAUUAAAUGCUUAGCUGCUGCUGAAGAAGAAGUCAUCACAUCUGGUUUUGAUAAUAAGUUAUGGAGAAUUCGUUUUCUUGGUGAUCAAUGUGGAGAUGCAGAUUCCAUUGAUGUCCUCAGCCAACCAAAGGAUAUAAGUCUUGCCCUUCUCUGCCCUGAGCUUGCUUUGGUUGCAAUUGAUUCAGGUGUUGUCAUGAUUCGUGGUACAAAAGUAGUGUCAACCAUCAAUCUUGAUUUUGCUGUGACGGCAUCUGCAAUUUCACCUGAUGGAAGUGAAGCAAUCAUAGGUGGGCAGGAUGGGAAAUUGCACAUAUAUUCUGUCACAGGUGAUACACUCACAGAAGAUGCAGUCCUUGAAAAACAUCGUGGAGCUGUCAGUGUCAUCCGCUACUCUCCAGAUGUUUCAAUGUUUGCUUCUGGUGAUUUAAAUAGGGAAGCUGUAGUUUGGGAUUGUGCUUCCAGAGAGGUACUUUGAUUGCUUAUUUAGAUCCAAAAAGUUGAUGCUAUACUCUCUGUACAGCUGUUUAUGCAUAGCACUUUGUUAUUGUUGGUUGAAGUUGCAGAUGUGCAAACUUGUGCCAGGUCUGUGCUCUUUAAGCAAGUGAGCUACACUAAGUACAUAUCUACAUGAUAGCGAGGCAUUGAAA